CAUCAUUCUUCAACAGAUUUCUGCACACUCCACCUCAAGCCGCAGCUGAGCUCAGAGCGAUGAAUCCUCAAGGUUACCCGAGUGCUCCGGUUCCACUGCAGGGGGUGCCGUAUGGACAGCCUGAAGGCCCUGGAAUGGUUCAGCACACCACUGUGAACAUCAUCGCAGAGCCUCCACAGGACCACAUCAUCUGGUCCAUCUUCAGCUUUGUCCAUAUGAACCCUUGUUGCCUCGGACUGGCAGCUCUCAUCCACUCCGUCAAGGCCAGAGACCGGAAGAUGGUUGGAGAUCUGCAAGGGGCCCAACACUACGGUUCCACUGCCCGUUCCCUCAACAUCGCCGCCACCGUCUUGAUUGGCCUCAUUGUCCUGAUUGUUAUUAUUUCAUACAGCGUCAUUGCUGCAAGGGCAAAUAAUUCCUACUCUAACUACAAUUACGGACGGUAAAUGUCACAUUGUGUGAGGCUUGUAGCUUUUCUAUCAUUUUACAUCUUUGUACUUACAUGCUGAAAGAAAAAAAAAAUCUGCAUUUCACUGGUGUUACAAGAGACUGAAACAGAUCUCAUCUAUAUUUCUCUCGAGACAUUUUAACAUUUUACCUUAUAAAAUUCUCAUUUCCUGUUCUGAAUCCGAGCAAUUGUUCUGUAAAGCAACUUUCUGUGCCAAUAAAGCUGCUUGUAGUUGCAUA